ACAACAGGCGAGGGCUUAAAAAUUGAAGUAGAGAAGAGGGAGCGCCGGAGCGGGCAUUUGGGGCUGAAGUAGGCAUCUUGUUCAAACUUCGAACUCAAAGCUGCACUCGCACUCGCACUCGCACUCAUCAGUACAGCUCCCAUCCUGCAAUGGACAUACCCAGGGAUCAAAUCACGACUCUCAUUGAGCACGGCCUUUUCAACUCCGCUCAAAUGCUCGGUUCUUUUCUCGUUUCAUCAUCCGCUGCUAAUGCAGAUUCCAGUCCGCAAGUGAAGGCUGAAAAUUUGGUGCUUCUUGGUGAUGCGUUGUUUCGCGACAGGGAGUAUCGGAGAGCAAUCCAUACAUACAAGCAAGCAUUGCAGCACUAUAAGAUUAUACCCAAACAAAACACUACCACUUCUAGAAAUUCAUUGUCUGCAUCGAAUAGGUCGUCGUCUCCAAAUUCGUUUAACAUUUCAGCAAUUAAUGAAAAUGAGGUGAAGUUCAAAAUUGCAUCUUGCCACUGCGCGCUAAAUGAAAAUAGAGCUGCCCUUAUUGAGAUGGAGGGAAUUCCAAGCAAAGCAAGAAACUUGCAGAUGAAUCUAACAAUGGGAAAGCUUUAUCGGAAUUCCAGACACAUACGUGCUGCCACUGCUUGUUACAAAGAGUGUUUGAGGAUUUGUCCUUACAUCAUUGAGGCUAUUAUUGCUUUGGCUGAACUAGGAGUUGCACCCAAGGAUAUUAUUUCAUUGUUUCCUCAGACACCAAAUAGAAGUGGGAGGCCUCCAUCUGAUCAUUUUGAUUCUAGUCGUUGGUUGCAACGUUAUGUUGAGGCUCAAUGCUGCAUUGCUUCAAAUGAUUACAAAGGUGGUUUAGAACUCUUCACAGAACUUCUACAGCGUUUUCCUAAUAAUAUUCACAUAUUACUUGAAAUUGCAAAGGUUGAAGCUAUUAUUGGAAAAAAUGAUGAUGCUAUUAUGAAUUUCGAGAAGGCUCGGGCAAUUGAUCCAUACAUUGUAACCUAUAUGGAUGAGUAUGCAAUGCUUUUAAAAACGAAAUCUGAUUCCUCAAAACUAAACAAGUUGGUUCAUGAUUUACUGAGUAUUGAUCCUACAAGGCCAGAAGUUUUUGUGGCUUUGUCUGUGCUGUGGGAAAGAAAAGAUGAGAGAGGAGCUUUGUCUUGUGUCGAGAAGAGUAUCCGAAUAGAUGAGAGGCACAUACCAGGUUAUAUAAUGAAGGGUAACCUAUAUUUAUCAAUGAAUCGGCCAGAGGUAGCUGUAAUUGCCUUCAGGGGAGCUCAAGAGUUAAGACCUGAUCUUCGAUCCUAUCAAGGUCUGGUACGCUCUUAUUUGGCUCUCUCUAAAAUCAAAGAGGCUCUGUAUGCUGCCAGGGAAGCAAUGAAGGCUAUGCCUCAAUCUGCAAAGGCUCUAAAGCUUGUUGGGGAUGUACAUGCUAGUAACUCUGGUGGCAGAGAGAAGGCAAAAAAGUUCUAUGAAUCAGCCCUUAGGCUGGAACCAGGCUACCUGGGGGCUGCAUUGGCUUUAGCUGAGCUCCAUGUCAUGGAGGGGCGAAAUGGAGAUGCUGUCUCUCUCCUUGAAAGAUAUCUUAAAGAUUGGGCGGAUGAUUCUCUUCACGUCAAGUUGGCACAAGUGUUUGCUGCCACAAAUAUGCUGCAAGAGGCACUGUCACAUUAUCAGGCUGCACUAAGGAUAAACCCACAAAAUGAAGCUGCAAGGAAAGGACUAGAGCGGUUAGAGAAACAGAUGAAGGGGGUGGAUCCUGAUGCACCUGAGGAAGAUGAUGAAAAUGAGGUUGAAGAUGCUGAUGGAGACCAGGAAGAGGCUGAGCUUCUGUGAAAUGUAAAGCCUGCUGAUUUUGUUUAUGUAGGGAAGGACCUUGUGCCUGCAAUUACAAUUACAGAGCAAAUUUUCAUGGUGCCCUUAGCUUGUACAACUGCUCUAAGAAUCACAGACACGGUGUUUUGGAGGCUUGGCUUAACUGAAAAUAUUUCUUGAGGCUCAGCUCAAACUAGUUUAGAGAGCACCGUACUUCUUAAUGUACUCCAAAGAGCAAACGAGGUUGCUACUCUGGCUGGAAGGGAGUUUGGUUCAAGGACAAUGUGGAUGGGUCUUCAAGCACAAGAGGGGAAGUGGGAGAGCAAUUAAAAAAUCUUGGAGCUCUUUUCCUGCUGUAUAAAUUAAUGCAAAUUUCGCUCAGUUCAUAUCUUUUGUAGUACGCAUUUCAUUGGCCACAAAUAAAUAUUUUACCAUAUUUUCCCUAGAGAAACUUACUACCA